GGAGAAUAGUAUAGAUUUGCUUUUAUAUUUAUUCAGUGAUACAUUGAUUCAAUUCUAAGUAAGUAUGUAGGGGCUUGCUCUUAUUCUUUUUUUCCAGUUGUGAUUUUUUUUUUUGCUCUACGCCAUUGUACCAAGCUUCACGACAACGAAAGGAACUAUUUGCACAAAUUUAUUAUUUCGAUUUAUGGGUGAAAAGUGUAAAAGGGGUCCCGUGCGAUACUGUUUAUUCGUUUAAUUUUUUUACUUUUUAUGUGACUCUUGACCAAUUACUCAGCUACUUAACUUAUUAUUUGCACAUCUUGUCAUUUAGGCUAUAUCUACUCUUCCAUUAUGAUGCUUUUCUAAACUCUACCUUUGUUUUAUAUAUGUCUUUUCUUUACUAUCUUCCCCUUUUGAAGCCUUUUUGAGCAGUAUAGGGAUUUUAGUGCACAAAAUCAAGGUGGGUUUACUCAUAUUAUACGGACCCCUGUUGACAUUUUAAUAGUAUUCAUAUCAUCACUGUAAUUUUUUUUCAUUCAAUCCUUUCCACAGUUCCAUUCAGCGAAAGUACACACUAAUGGGGUCAUCGAAGGUACGCAAGGAAGAGGCGGAGCUGCGCCAGAUCGCCAAGCGCGCGCGCACAGCUCGAAAAGAAGAGAAGAAGCGUAUUGCCGCACAGAAACGUCGAGAAGGACGACAAAAAACUAUGGAGGAGGCUCAAGAAAAGGACUGUCAGAACGCCCUGAGCUCUAUCCGUUUGAAGCUUCGUCGUAACGCAGUGGUAAUGGCGCAGAAGGAUGUCGAAAAGCUGCACCGAAAGCUGCACCUGUCAACUUCAGGUGAUUCGAAACCCGAGGAAGGACUCGUCGAGUCCGAAUCAUCCUCUAAUGGAAGGAAGCUGAAGAAGAGCUCGUCUGUGGAUCCGAAGAAUUCAGCCGAUGAGUCAUCGAGCCUAGCGUCUCCAACGGAGUCAAUAUUGGAGCCGAAUUAUCGCGUUGAGAUUCACUACAAACACAAGGAGGUGCUUGUUGAUGUUGUGCUGCACCACAUUCCACAUCAGAAAAUCAAUAUCAAGGAGACGACACCGACGCAGCUCGUGGUGGACACUACCCAACACACGAAAAAGUACAGGCUGGUUCUUCCAAUGCCCAGUGGUCUUCGAGUGAACUCCAAGAAGGCCACGUAUGAACUGAUGAAUGGCGUGUUGCACUGCCGGCUGCCGAUUCUCAACGAGGAAAUCCCAGCAGAAUUACAAAAAGAAUGGGAUGCGCUACGGGAGAAAAUUCGAGCACAACGAGCUCUGCGGUUCCGCGUCGAUAAGACCGGCGAUUUGGUAGUUCGAGUACGGAAGACACUGCUGGCCAAAAGCCCCGCUGAACAGGCGCGGCUUCAAGCUGCACGUACCGAUAAACGACCAAGGGAAGAAGCUCACAGCAAAGACGGUCUGCGGAAUGUGGAUGAGACGUGUAGUGGAAACGCUGUUCCUGAGGCUGCCACCACGGUGAUACCCUCUCUCAAAAGGAAAGGUGGCGAGUUGAAGUCGAACUCGUCGAGUUCUAGUGGCAACGAUAAUGCGAUGAAAACUGAGAUAAACUUUGAUAAAAACGCUAAAGAGGGUCCUACGUUGCGAAAGAAAUCUCCCGCGACCGACGCUGGCAAGUCAGCGAAGCUGACCAAUACCAAGGACAAGAAAGCUGACGUCAAAAAUCUAACCACCAGUAAUACUACUACUACUAAUAAAAAUAGAAAUGGUAAUAGUAAUAGGGAUGUCUUUGCUGAGGAACAUUCCAAGGCACUGUCCAUUGCUAAGGCUGUCGCCGCAGGCGUCCGCCAUUCGAUCAGGGAAAAGGUGCAGCUCGCUAAGGAGGUUCAACGGAAGCGGCUUGAGCGGGUGAAUGUACGGAGUGAGCGCCAAGAGCAGAGACGUCUCCGUGAGGCGGAGUCAUUCAAACGAGUUCUCGAGGAGCAAAAGCGUCAGCUUCUUGCACGCGCCACUUUGAAGGCCUCCGCCGAGGAGGCUGCUAAAAGGAAGGAACAAGAUCGUAAGAGCAAGCAAGGGCCUGCGAAGUCCGUCUCAUUUAAAGAUUAA